CAGGAAGGGGCGAGAUCUUCCGGCGCGUGGUGGAGUCCGGCGUGGUCGAGUAGCAGCAUGUUGCGCCGGGAAGCCCGCCAGCGGCGAGAAUAUCUUUACCGCAAAGCCCAGGAGGAAAAGCUUCGGGCGAUCCAGGAGAAGAAGGAAAAAAUUAAAAAAGCACUAGAUGAGAACUGCCUCAUCCCCACGGAAUUGCGGAGGGAGGCUCUGGGGCUCCAGAAGGCUCUUGAAUUUGAUGAUGAGGGUGGAGAAGGUGUGAAAAGCCACAUGGAUGACGAGUACCGCUGGGCGGGUGUGGAGGAUCCUCGCAUCAUGGUCACUACAUCCCGCGACCCCAGCUCCCGCCUCAAGAUGUUUGCCAAAGAGGUCAAGCUGGUCUUCCCUGGGGCCCAGCGUAUGAACCGAGGCCGACAUGAAGUGGGGGCCCUUGUCCGCGCCUGCAAAGCAAACGGGGUCACCGACCUGCUGGUGGUGCAUGAGCACAGAGGGGUCCCAGAUGGCCUCAUCAUCAGCCACUUGCCCUUUGGCCCCACUGCCUUUUUCACGCUCUGCAACGUGGUCAUGCGCCAUGACAUCCCAGACAUUGGCACCAUGUCAGAGGCACAUCCACACCUCAUCUUUCACAACUUCACUUCCCGUCUUGGGCAGCGGCUCACCAGCAUUCUCAAGUACCUGUUCCCAGUUCCCAAAGACGACAGCAAACGGGUCAUCACCUUUGCCAACCAAGAAGACUACAUCUCCUUCCGGCACCACGUCUACAAGAAGACUGAUCACCGGAACGUAGAGCUCACAGAGGUUGGGCCAAGGUUUGAGAUGAAAUUAUAUAUGAUCAAACUGGGAACUUUGGAGCAGGAGAGCACAGCAGAUGUGGAGUGGCGCUGGCACCCAUACACUCGCACAGCCAAGAAGCGGAAAUUCCUCAGCGUGGAGUAGCACUGCCUGGAGCCUGGGGCCUUUGUGAACUGGAGACUUCAGAUUCACCCCAUAAACCUGUGCUUUCUGCCUCUUGUAGGGCUGAAAAUCCCCUUGGCCCAUGCAGACAAAGGACACAAAACCCCCCCCCCCCAACUAUGCCAAGCAUUCAUAGAUUUCAUAGAAUCUUUGAGCUGGAAGGGACCCAACUCUCUGCUAUGCAGGAAUCUCUGUGACAGAUAGAGCAUUCUACCUGGGUUUUUUUGUUUUUGUUUUGUACCGGGGGGCAUCUUGGAUGCCUGCUCUCUCUCUCUCCUGCUCUGCAUCCCUGUUCAGUUGUGGUUUGGCGCACAACAUACUGGGCUACAUAUUACCGUGAGCCCUGUCCUUCCUUCCUUCCCUCCAAAAACAGCACCAGGGGAAUGGAUAACAAGGGCAGCCGUGGUCGCCAAGAGAAGGCCCACUUUGACGACUAUUCAGCAGUCCUAGAAUGAGUGAAGAUGGAAUCGCUCCUGGUUGCUGUUAAGGAGCAGGCAGGAUAGAAAACAGGGCCUUGUCAAACCUAGUGCCUCCCAGAUGUUGCUGGACUACAAUUCUCAUGAUUUCUGGCGGUGGGCUGAGCCAGUUGUCCAAAACAUCUGGAUAACACCAGGUUGGGGAGGCCUGAUGGAACAAAUGGAAUUCUUUUUCUUUCUCUCUCAUUGCAGUAAGUCAACUUGGCGCAGCUAUACUUCCUGGAAAUGGGAAAAGGGCUAGUAGAAGUGGGUUUCGAGGGGCCCCCAAAUGCUUUCCCUGCCCCUUUGUUUUGCUCUACUUUUGUGAGAUGUACAGUGGUACCUCGCAAGACGAAUGCCCUGCAAGACAAAUUUUUCACAAGACGAAUGCGAUCUGAUGGUGACUCGCAAGACAGAUUCGUUUUGUGAAAAAUUCAUCUUGCGAAUCACGGUUUCCCAUAGGAAUGCAUUGAAAUUUAAUUAAUGCAUUCCUAUGGGCAAAAAAAAAAGAAAUUUCGAUGCAUUCCUAUGGGAAACCGUGAUUCGCAAGACGAUUU